AUGGCUUCCUCUGCCGAGGAAGAAAAGAAAGACAUCUCUUUGCUCGAUGGAGCAGAGUGGACGCUUCUGAGCGCCUCUUCCAACGAGAAGAAGCUUCAGGAGAGAAUCAAUGUUUAUCUCUGCCCAAUCCUUCUCAAAGCCGGAAGCCCACAUAUUCGGGUCCGCAACAAGGUCAUCUCGGUAUGCGGAAACAUCAACAAGCUUAUCCAAUCUCCAACAAUCGUGCUCCCAGUUGCUUCUCUACUGGAUCAGUUCAAGGAGACUGAUUCUCCCCUGAUCAAGCACUUUGACUUGAUCUACAUCCAACACAGUGUUGGCAGGCUUGAACGUUAUGAGCAACAGCAGCUCGUGCCCAAGGCGCUGAAAAACAUUAGAACUGGGUCUUCGGCUUCGCUCAGUCAGCUGUUCAACGUCGUUCUGCGUAUGCUCCCUACCAUCAAGAUUCCUUCAAGAGGAAGCAAAGAAGAUGCUACCUUUCGAGAGGCCAUGGGGUUGUCCCACCCCGAAGACGCCAAAUACGUUGCUGAAUGGCUCGGCAAGCUCCUGUUGUUACCCGCCAAUGCCUCGGCUGACAAGCCGGCACCCGGCCUAACAGAAGCAGACAUCAGCUUUCUGACACUUGCAGGUAAAAAGGACACCUGGAACCCGUCUGCUGGAGGUUUGAACUUGCCCGAGACGCGCAUUCUUGCUGCCAACUUUCUGGCCAGUGGUGCUUUCACCGACCUCGAGCGCUUUAUUCCCGCUCUCUAUGCAGCCUCCAGCACGGAUUACCGCAUCUCUGGAAUCGGAGAGGAUCUGCUGAAGAGAACUUCUGUCUCCUUGGAGGACAAGACUCUUGUGAGCAAGCUCUACGACGCUCACUCCAAACUACAACCCCCCUAUCGGAUCCGGAUCCUGGGGAUGCUCAGCAAGUCAGAGAUUGCAACCACCUUCACGAAUGAGGUUCUUGCAGUGUUCAAGCGGAAUGUGGAUCUCGAAAAGAAGGUUGAGAGCCAAGAUCCCACCUUCAUGGACAUUGACCAACGUCCCACGGGUCCAAAAUCUUCCGGUUUGGAGCAAACCAAACUACACCGAGCCCUCUUUGAGUUCAUCAACUGGGUAGCCCGAAUUGGUCCAAGCAAGACGGAUUUCAACAGCAUCGGGGUGAACCUGAUUGACAUGCUCAGACAGUUCAUCCACUCCCAAGGCUGGCCCAGACCUCACCAGCAGUCACUCGACGACAGUGUUCUGCGCUCACGAGCGUACGAGACGAUUGGUAUCCUGGCGAAGGGUACAAAAAUGGACGACCACCGCCGUUCGGGCCUUGCUGCUUGGCUGUUCCAGUCACUCUCCGAGGACCCAACCCCGGACGUGGUGGUGAACAUUGACUCGGCGCUGUCCAGCGUAUCGACCUUGUUCAAGCCUCCACACAACGACUUUAGGGUGGAACUCGAGCUCCAGUCGAUCCUGAUCUCGUACAUGCUGCUCGGCAAUGAGACAGACGAAAACGUAGUACGCAGCACUAGGCACGCUGUUGCUAAAUGGGCCAACAACUGUCUGCCUUUCUCGGACGUCACAGCACGGUGGAUCAACAUUAUUGCUGUUGCGGGCCGACUGGACGAGAGAAAUGAUGUCGUGGAAGAGGGAUACAAGGGCCUUGAUCCGUGGACAUAUCACGUGAAUGAUGACGAGGACAAGUCGAAAGACCUACCCGUAAGUGGAACAUUUCCUUUUGAAUGGCCGGCGAUGGUGGACGUGUUUUUUAAGGCAGGGCGAGCCACGCGCAAGUCCACGGAAGAGAGUGGCAUGGAUAUCGAUGCCCAUCCGCUAUUUCGGAACUACCCCGGCGACAUGAUCCAGGCUUUCCCCACUGCCGUCGAUUACUGCAAGAAGAUCUUCUUCUUGACCGCCCUGGCGGAUAGCUUUGUUUUCGACGCCGGGUGGCAGCAGAGAUUAGAAGCCCUGGUCCAGUCCGACCUGGAAACCCGCCAAGCUAUCCGGAAUUAUCACGUCCAAUUCACGCGCGACGACGCGCUGCUAUUCACUGACUUGCUGACUGCCGCCUUCGAGGGCAUGCUAAGAGAUGACGCCCCGAAGAUCAUCGAGCCCUGUGCUCGUUCAUUUGUCGACCUCGCCUCGUUUUCAUCCAAGGUGAUCUUGGCAUUUCUCGCUCCGCGCUCGAGAGAGCUACUGCCUCUCAUCAAGUCCAAAAAAAAGGAGUUGCGUGCCCUCGGGGCAAAGGCUCUGGGCAUUCUCGCUGCCCACCCGUCACACCCCGCCAAAGAACUUGACGAUGUCACAGCCAGCCUGAUUGACAUCACCAAGAACUUGAAGACGGCUGUGGGGGCGGAGUUGAACGCAGUGGAGGGCGCGUUCCUCGCAUUGGCACACCUGGCUUCGCGGCUGGUGUACUACUCCAAGACCGGCGCUGCAGACCGCGCAGCCAAGAUCGCCUCCGUCUUCCCGACGUUGGAGGAGGUGGCGUCAGCCGCAUCCGUCGUCUCGACGCAGGAGACGUUGUUCGAAGCCUGGUCCCAGCUUUGGACUGCUGGGCUUGGAGAGAAGGAUCAGGGUAGCCUGAUCCAAUCUUUUGUCGACCCCCUCGUUGUCCACGCAAAGAAAGGCAACGAGAAGGCCAUUGCUGCCCUGGGCAGACUGGCUUUGUCUCUCCCGUCAGACGGAAGCUGGGAUGAGACCCUGGAGAAGAUGCUCGCGCAGCUGUACGCACUGUACGAGCUGAAGCAGGUGGAGGUCCACUUCGCGGUGGGCGAGGCAAUCGCGGCUGCAGUCGCGCGCUGGGACGCCGAGGUGGUCCAGCUCACGGUCGACGUCGAGUCUGCCGGCCGUGAGUACUGGGCUCCGAGGCGCGCCGCUCAGCUGGUGGCGGUCUUGGAGAAGUUGCUUGCGGACUGCAAGACAACCAAGCCGUCGCUGCUGAAGGCGUCGGGGAUCUGGCUCUUUUGCCUGAUCCAGCGGUGUUCGCACCUGGAGGAGGUGCAGUCGCGCUUGCGGCUGUGCCAGGUUGCGUUCAUGCGCCUGCUCAGCGCGAGGGACGAGCUGGUUCAGGAGACGGCAUCGCGGGGUCUGGCCUUGGUGUACGAGAAGGGCGACGCCGGGUUGAAGAGCGACCUGACCAAGGAUUUGGUCGCCUCGUUCACUGGAUCUGGACCUCAGAUCAAGGUGGAGGAGGAGACGGAGCUGUUUGAUGCUGGCGCCUUGCCGACUGGGGAUGGCAAGUCUAUCACGUCCUACAAGGACAUUGUCAGUCUCGCCAACGAGGUUGGAGAUCCCAGCCUGGUCUACAAGUUCAUGUCCUUGGCCACCAACGCGGCCACCUGGUCGACCAGAUCAGCCUUUGGUAGAUUUGGCCUCAGCAACAUCCUCUCGAGCUCGGAAGUGGAUCCCAAACUCUACCCGAAGCUGUAUCGCUACCGCUUCGACCCAAACACCAAUGUGCAACGGUCAAUGAACGACAUUUGGAAGGCCCUCAUCAAGGAUCCGAAUGUUGUGCUGGAGACCCAGUUCGACAACAUCAUGAACGACCUCCUCAAGAGCAUCCUGGGUAGGGAGUGGCGUGUUCGCGAGGCCAGCUGUUCCGCCAUUGCCGAACUGAUCUCUGGUCGACCUUUCCCCAAAUACGAGAAGUACUACAAGGACAUCUGGGCAGCCGCCGUCAAGGUGGCGGAUGACGUCAAGGCAACUGUUCGCAACGCAGCUGGAAAGCUUUGCAUGACUCUCUCGACAACAUUGGUCCGUCAGCUCGAAGACUCUGGAUCUUCUGCCACAGCCAAGAGCAUGAUGAACGAGGCCUUACCAUUCUUGCUCUCAGACAAGGGCAUCGAGAGCUCAGCCGACGAUGUCAAGUACUUCUGUGUCAGCACGGUCGUCAAGAUUUGCAAGAGAGGCGGAAGCGCACUCAAGCCCUACAUUCCCACCUUGAUGGUUCAUCUUCUUGGUCUCUUGAGCACGAUUGAACCGGAGGCCAUCAAUUACUACUACCAGCGGGUUGGUGAAGCCAACAGAGACAAGCUUGACAAGCUUCGUGCCAAUGCCGUUUCGCAAGGCCCUCUUGGCGAGGCCAUCGAGGACUGCCUGCGCAAUGUCGACGCAGAGGUCAUGGACCAACUGGUGCCCAAACUGUCCGAGACGAUCAAGACUGCGAUAGGAAUGCCAACCAAGAUUGGUUGUGGCCGUGCGAUCUGGACCUUGUCCACCAAACAUGGCAUCAACUUCGAGAAGCAUGCUCCGACGUUCUUGAACUUGAUGGAGAAACACACUCUGGAUCGCAAUGACGAAGUCAGCCAGGGUUACGCUCGCGCUACCGCCUACCUACUCCGCGUCGCCCCUGACGCUGCCAAGCAGCGCUUCAUCGAAAAGUUCAUCAACCUUUACCUAGAGUCAGACACCGACGCUCGCAGGCAAAAGGUUGCCGAUGUUGUGUUGGCCCUUUCCAAGAUCUCACCUGAUCACUUCAACGCGCUGGAGACUUUGCUCGUCCCUUUCAGCUUUCUCGGCAAACAUGACACAGAUGAGUACACGCAAAAGGCGUUCAAGGAGGUGUGGGACACGCACGCUGGCACGCAUCUGAGCGUGACCAAGUACCUCAAAGAGAUUGUCUCUCUCGCGGAGAAGACCUUGUCCACUGCUCAGUGGGCACUCAAGCAUGGAGGUGCCCUUACGGUGGCUGAUGCUGCCGAGUCCGUGGCGGGUGCCAAGACCAUCACGCACCACGUCAAUGUUGAGCACGUCAAGACCCUCUGGCCGGUCUACGAUAAGGCUCUCAUUCUCAAGACCUUCCCUGGAAAGGAGAAGCUUCUCGAGCCGUUCCCGAAGUUUGUUGAGCUCAGCAAGGAGCUACUGGAGAAGGAUGACAAGUUGGUGGCUGCCUACAAGAAGGUUGCCAUUCGGGAGGCCAAGCGCAACAAUGAUGUCUAUCGCCCCCACGCCUUCGAGUGCCUCCGGCGCGUUGCUGCUGCUUGGGAUGGAUUCGGUGACAUGCUUCCCGACAUCAAGACCAUCGUCGCGCCUUACCUGGAUGUCGAGGAGGAGGACAAGGACGGCGACGCUAUGGACGUCGACACACCUGCUUCCACGUCCAAGGGCAGUCGUGGACUGGAUCUGAAGACUGUGACCAAGUGGAAAGCGCUGGAGACUCUGUCGAAGGGAUACAACCGGGCCAAUAUGAGCAAGGAUCCCCUCUCAACUCUGAAGGAAGUCAUCACUGCCAUCGAGUCGAUCGAUCCCAAGUUUAAGCCUGCCCAGGUAUUCACCGCGAAGCCGUACAUCACCCGACCCGAGUUCGACGUCAUCCGCAAGACGUACUGGUACGAGUGCGCCAAGGAUAUUCUGGAAGCUGCCGCCGUGGCAGGCGCGGCUGGGAGUGAUGCUGUCCCGAUCAUCCGAUGGUUCCUGUCGACGUUGGACCUCGAUGCGGAAGACACGGGGUUGGAGUCACAGCGGAUCGCGAGAGCCAAGGCGGUCAAGGGCGCCAUUCAGCUGGGCAAGAUCACGGCUGAGGGUGUGGAGUUCAAGACGACGGAGCUGGGCAAGGAGGUUGAGGGGUUGGUUACGGGUUCCAUCGAGAAGGAGAGGUCCCUGGACGUGCAGAAGGAGUGGAAGGAGUCCCUCAAGCUGCUUGGGUAG